GCUGCCGCUGCAGAGAAAAGCUAUGGGCUACAACGUUCUGCACCAAGACAAUUCCACAGACAUUGUGUGUCUGCUAAUCAAACGAUCACCUUGUAAAUGCUUUACAGAAAAAAAAAAGCUUCCGGCGUCCACCAGCUCCGCCCAAUAGCGCGCCCGCCUCGCGCAAGCAUGGCCCGCCGGCCAGCCGUGCAUUCCAGUCUUCAAGCCCGGCGCGCCACGGACUCCCUCCCAACCUUGUUGUUUCCCGGUAUGCCCAAUGCCAAUGAACCGGUUGCGCACGAUCGGCAAAACAAUCUCAUUGCUGGCUGGCAGGCUUGUUUGGGUGCGAGUUAGUCCACCCACACCCCCCCUCCUUGGCCCAAUACAGUCCCACCAGUGCUUGUGAGCCCGGGUUGAAGGCUUUGGUAUCCAAAGCAAGCAGCAUGCCAGUUAACGCCCCUGUGUAUGUUUCCUAUGCGCGCCGCUUAAAAUGAACAUCUCUGCCGUGUGUUGCAAACUGGUAUAAAGACGCCCGCCUCCUCCCCAAGGUCCCAUCGAAUCCUUCCUCUCACCAUCCCACUCCAGUAACAAUAUACUCUUCUCACACCCGUUACAUAAACCUUUUCCAACUUAUUACCUUUACUACACAAACCGUCAACAUGCAGUUCGCUAUUGCCACCGUUGUCCUCGCCGCCGUUGCUGUGGCCGCUCCCCCCGAGAUCCCCAACCUCUCCAAGAUGACCGCUGGUGAGGCCGGCGAGUACUGUGGCUCCGGCAUGGAGCUCAACUGCUGCAACCGCCAGGUUGACACCAAGACCGCUGACAUCGGUCCCCACCAGUCUGGACUCCUUGCUGGUAUCCUCAACGGUGCUCUUGGUGGUGCUGGUGGCUCCAUUCUCGGUGACUGCUCUCCCAUCGAUGUUGCUUCCCUCAUUGGUGCCGGUGCCAUCCUCAACGGCCAGACCUGCCGUGGCAAGGUUGCUUGCUGCAACCGCUCCCAGUCCGUUGCCGUUGGUGGUCUCAUUAACGCUGCUCUUCCUUGCAUCGCCCUCGGCUCUGUCAUCAACUAAGCUUCUUUUACCACGGGGUCUGUAUGAUGUGUGGAGGAUUACGGGAGCAUUCUACAUAUUAGCUUGAGUUCUAAUUGCAGUCUUCUGCAGCUUUAAUACCAUUCUCUUGCUUUUUGU